GUGCUUGGCAAGGAACGAGGGCACGGAUUUCACUGAGAUAUGGAUUGAAGAACAAGCAAUCAGCUGCUAUGGAUGACAGGGAAAUCCUCAGAGAGCAUACUGUGAUUGGGCUUCUGGAUGUUGGAGUAAAGAAGAUGAAGAUGAACCCCUCCUGGUCCCCUACCGGGAAGAGAAAAGAUGCGGCCUUAGGUCCUGGGAGGCGAGCUCAAGCUGUUGCUGGAAUCACUGGAAUGUCGACAACAGUCGUAUCUCCUUCUUCGGGUUAUGCUCUUUGGACGGUGCUUGUCGUAUGUGCCGCAAUCGGAAAGGUUCUCGAGUGCAGGACAUCUUGGGGAUCAAGGAUUUCUGCACCCCUACUUGCCAUGGGUGCUGGUAUGGUGCUGUCAACAUUGCGUAUCAUUCCAGCAUCAGCUCCUGCCUAUGACAUGGUAUGGAAAGGGCUAAUGCCCGUUGCAGUAGCACUUUGUGUUAUGGAGAGGGACCUACGGCACAUUACCAGGAGUGCAGGAGUGGCGCUGACCGCAUUUUGGGUCGGAGCGUUAGCGACUGUUAUUGGAACUGUGGUAUCGUACUUUCUGGUUGGCCGGUCUCUUGGGAGUAAUGGUUGGAAGAUUGCGGCAUGUCUCUGUGCGACCUAUAUUGGCGGAACCAUUAACUAUGCAGCGACGGCACAGCAAUUUGCAGGAGCGGAUCUUGGAAUAAUGACUCUUAUAGCGGCUGGUAUCUCCUCUCUUAUUGCGGCAAUAUCAGAGCGCAAGAAAGAAAGCAAAAAUCGUAAUAAAAAGAGUGUUGAGCAAGCAGAUAAUGACGGUUAUGGGAACACCAGUACAAAGGUGGAGUGUUUUGCUGGCGCAGAAAAGCUUGGAGGUGCACUUAUGUUGAUCUACUUCUCAGUGAUCGGCGCAAAUGCAGCAUUGGGUGAAGCACUCGCUGGAGGAUGGAAUUUGAUUUUGAUGGAGGGCAUUAUUCUCGCGAUUCAUUUGGGUAUAAUCCUCCUUGUGGGGCAAAUGACCGGCAUGCCACUGCGUGCGGUGCCAAAGCAAUUGACCAUAAGGCAAUUGGCUGUCGCUGUGUAUGUAGAAUGCUAGCAGUGUGGUCGUUACAAUGCUUUAUUGGGUGCCAACCUUAGUCCCCCUCUAUUCCACCUUUCCCUAAGACCCAAAACCCUUC